AAAAUAUACAAAUCAAAAUUGGAGUUCUCCUCCUACUUUCAUCUUCUCUUUCUUUUACUGCAAUUUUAUAUUUUUGAAAAUAAUUUACAAUCCAAGUUCCAAACAAUACCAGAUCUACCCCACUUCUCCCCCACCACCUCCACUCCAGCCCCCCUCUCUCUCUCUCUUCAGAUGUUGUUUAUAUGGAUGUAUAUAUAUGUAGAGAGAGAAGAAUCAUAAUUCAUAUCAGUUCUAAUAAACAGAUUAGUGGGGACACAUGUUUCUGCCGAGAAGAAUUCUGAAUCUUGUACCUUCGGUUUGAUCAGGUAGGAAAUGGGCAGAAUCUCACUGAUCAUCUACGUCGCAGUAGCCGUCUCCGUCCUGCUCCUCAUCUCCCGCUCCGCCGACAAGAGGUCCGCCGGCAACCGCAAUCGCCACCGCCGCCUCAAAAUCCGCUCCAACUUCACCUUCUCCACCACCCCCCUCCUCUCCUCCGACCCGCACCGCCCCGCCUCCGCCGCCUCAUUCGCCUUCGACCCCCUGGUCGCCGACAUCGAGCGGAGGCGCGAGGACAAGCAAUGGGAGCACCACUACUUCCAGAACCACCGCUCCGAGUCCAAGCCCGAGUCGACUCAGUCGACUCAGCCCGAGCCCGAGUGGGAGGAUUUCAUGGACGCCGAGGACUACCUGAACGACGAGGAGAAGUUCAACGUCACCAACAGGCUGGUGGUCCUGUUCCCCAAGAUUGACGUUGACCCGGUUGAUGGGUAUGUGAGUGAGACCGAGUUGAUUCAGUGGAAUUUGAAGCAAAGCCAAAAGGAGGUUCUGCAUAGAACCGAGAGAGAAAUUGAAGUUCAUGAUAAAAACAAUGAUGGGUUUGUCUCUUUCUCUGAGUAUGACCCCCCCACCUGGGUCAAGGAUUCGGGUAAAGACUCGUUUGGAUAUGAAAUGGGGUGGUGGAAAGAGGAGCAUUUUAAUGCAUCCGAUGCGGAUGGAGACGGCCGUUUAAAUAUUACGGAGUUUAAUGAUUUUCUCCAUCCAGCUGACACCAACAAUCCCAAGUUGCUUCUGUGGUUGUGCAAGGAAGAAAUACGGGAACGAGAUAGUGACAAAGAUGGUAAGGUCAACUUCAAAGAGUUUUUCCACGGGUUGUUUGACUUGGUCAGAAAUUACGACGAAGAGAGCCACAAUUCUUCUACCCACGAGGCCGAUAACCCCGAAGAGGCCCCCGCUAAAAUUUUAUUCGCCCAGCUCGACAAAGAUGGUGACGGAUAUCUGUCGGACGUAGAAAUUCUCCCCAUUAUUGGAAAAGUUCAUCCAUCCGAGCGUUAUUACGCAAAACAGCAGACAGAUUACAUCAUGCAGCAGGCUGAUACGGAUAAGGACGGGCGUUUGAGCUUGACUGAAAUGGUAGAUAAUCCGUAUGUUUUCUACAGCGCUGUAUUUGACGAGGGUGAAGAUGAUGAUUACGGAUACCACGACGAAUUUCGUUAGAUCCUUUUUUUCUCAAUAGGGGCAGGUCAGGAAACUAAUUCCGUGAUUCACUCAGAAAUUAUUUAAAAAAAAAAACAAAAAAAAAAGUUAUAUUUAUUCUUCUGUACUCGUCACCCUCGUGCAACUGAUGCACGUUUUUACUCGAUUAGUAGUAAUUUCAUCUCGGAUUUUCGUGUUAGUUCUUGUAUGAUGAUGCAUGCUUAAAACUCUUUUAAUUUGUGUAAUGCAGAUUAUAGGCUUUUUUGGCAGUUCAAGUGGUGAAUAUCUGACAGUUAUUUUUAUUAUUACAUUCUUUGUUUUUAGUCUUUUAUUAUAUUUUCUUGUUUAUCUAUCUUAUGUUGUCCACUGAUUGUAAGCUGAAUUUUCAAGAAAAUUUUGAUUUGAAAUUCUUGG